CACCCCGUCCUAUUUUUCUUUGUCUAUGAAUGCGUGUUACUUCCCUCGGUAUCUAUCCCAACCCGCACUUGUUGUGGUCACUCGCAAGGUUGCGAGGUAGUCAAACUGUUUUUUUCUCCACUGCAGCUCGAUAUUCCUCAUCGUAUUAGCUUUUCAACUCGGUUGCGUUGUCGAAAGCCAGUUAUUUUCAUAGCGGCGGCAAAUAAGGAAUUGCCCUUCCACAAUUUUCUUACAAAGAGUUAGUGAUGAGUGCUGUCAGAAAGCUGGUGUGCAAGUCGUGCAAUGGACGUUGGAACGAUGAUCAUUCUAGCAACACUAUUAUGCCAUAAUCAAGAUAUGCGGUUGCUGUGCAUUCUAAAAACUCAAGGACUUUGAAAGGCUGCGCUCUCAAAGGAGGUACAAAAAUAAUUUCUAUUCGAAAAGCUCGUACCUUUGGAAUCGAGAAUUGAAGAGAAGCUUGCUUGUAAACAUAUAAAGAGAGCGGCGCAAGAGCUUGAAGAGCUCGCUGUCUGAUUUAUUUAAACAAGCGCUGAACAACAUAUUUUUCUGGUAUAAACCUUUUUUUGCUUGUUUGCACUGACCGAGCUUCGGGACAAUCUUUGUGACUUCUUUAAUCUAGUGACGGAAAAAAGCUUGGUAGAAAGUCCAACUCGUAUGCCAAGGUCUUAGCUUUUUCUGAUUACUAUUUCUAUACGAGCCGACUUGAAGGAGACCAAAUUUGGAAGAGAACUGAACCACCCGAACUUGACUGAAUUUGCCAUUUAUAAGAUGGUUGCAACAUAAGAGCGCCCACAUUGCUAAGCAAGGACAAUUACUCAGAAUAUCGACACGAUGGAAAUGCAGUCAUUCAUAAACAAACCUUAACGUGGUGUCCUUGACACUGGUUUCUAAGGAGCUACUAACAUACAAAAGUCAUUACUGGCAAACAUUCUAACCAAUAACUGUCUGUUACCUGGACAAAACAACCAAAGCAAACAAUAAGUAAUACUCCUUGUAUAUGUUUGUAUGUACCACAAAUCAAACCAGCCGUCAAUAGUGUGCGUCGUACUUACUCGUGUCACUUAAUCCAUUGUGUCAACAUCAUCAAUUCAUCUCAUCUUCAUAAUCAACAACACUGUGAAUAAUCAAAAUGAUUUCACGCCGUGAUAAACUUCUGAAUUUACCCUGGACACAACAACGCUACGAGCAUCAUCGUGCCAAUCUCCGUUCUGCCAAACCGGCUAUCGAUAUGCGUACCCCGCCCAUUUAUUCGCAUGUCAUACUCAAGCCGAAGAAGGUGCAAAUUGAGAAGGAGCGCUUACAACGCAUAGAAGCGGAGAAUGUGAGGCUCUUGCAGAAAUUGGGUGAUAUUAUGAAAGAAAAGCGUAUGUCGGACUUAUGGUUGGCACCGCGACCGAAUUUCUUACAACGUGAAAAACUCUUCGAAACUCGUCCAUUCUCGAGUCUUCCUAAAUUGAUUACGAUUUAUGGUCCGAAAUCAACCGAUGAUUAUGAAUCGAGUCGACCAAGUACAUUGAAAUCGCCGAACUCAAAUUUGGUGCGCCGAUGUCCGACUUGUAGUGGUAAACCCGAACGUACGCAAGUGGCCAUACCCGAGAAGCGCAUCCCCUGGGCACCGCCGCGUAUAUCACGAAAUGUACAAACUGAAAAAGUGUGCGAAGUCAAAAAGUGUUUGCACUGCGGACAUCCCAAAAAACCGUUCGAGAUGAGAAUGAAUUCAAAGGAAGAAAAUUAAAAUUUUGGAAAGAAAAAUAGCAAAAUAAGUAAAAGUUGAAGAGAAGGGCGGCAAAAAAUGGAAAAUGUUACAUUGAGUUUUACGUAAUUCAAGGGCUAUUAAUAAGAAGAAGAAGAAGAAAAAUGGUAUAAAAACUAAACGAACUCAUCUAAAAAAAACCCACUACACAAAUUGAUUAGAAGUAAAUUAAAACUUCUUAUUCUAUUCUCAACAAACUCAUGCUAAUUUUGUAAUGAAAUUUAAUAAAAAAAAUCCAUAUAAAUUACUUGAAAAUAUUAAAA